GCUUCAGGGACAGGGAAGUGCUAGCAGCUUUGGCUCACAGGUCAGCAGGAAUUUUAGCACAGCAGCAAGCUAGUGUUUGGACCACCCCUCCGUGUUUUUUUUUUCCUUCUGAUGCAGGAGACUAUUUAAUUGGGAGCUGACAGUCAAACUUCAGCUUCAACGGCUGCAGUCUAUAGUAGCUGUGUAACCAAUAACUCAUUUUUUUCCUUCUCUCUUCAUUCACUCACUCUCCACAAUGAAGGUACUGCUGAGUCUGAUUGUUCUGCUCUCUGUUUUGCUGUUUGUUAGUUCAGCUCCUCCAACUUGCUACUCAAGGAUUCUGUCUUUGAGCAAAGAAAUCACUGAAUCCUUCAAGUCCUUGAAGAACUCCAAGCCUGUGGACCCGUGUGUAGAGACAUUGCCCAACCUCUACUUGGAUGUACAUAAUUAUUGUGUGUUGGCCAAACUCCGUAACUUUGUGGCACAGCCCAGAUGUCAGCGAGUUCCUCAACUGAGUACUUUGAAGGAAAAAGCCAGGAGCUUGUACACCAUUAUGAUCUCUUACUGCAGAAGGGACUUGGUCUUCCUGACAGAUGACUGUUACGCUUUGGAAAGCCCCGUUCUCACUCCCACUGAUCCAUCCAGCACUUACAGCUAAAACAGUCAGCCCAAAGGAAUUACCUAGGACAUUUUUAAGGAGGCCAAGAGCCAAAAAAAGAAAAAAAAAUGCAUCAGCUACAACAUUAGCAACCUUGUCUUUUUCAAGUACACUAGCAGUAUUAUCUCAGACCUACCUAUGUUUCUCAGCCACGGCAGGAAAUGAACUGCAUGCCUUACAUACCUACCAAGCUGCUAGCAAAACUAUGGUUAGAGUGCAUUUUAUUCGUUUGGCAGUUUACCUUGUUUCAGUUUAGCCAAAUGUACAAUGCAUGUUUUAUGUCAACAUCACAAGGUAAAUGUUAGAGUUAUUGUUCUUUUAUACGAAUCUAGAAAUUCAUAA